UAGUGAUCAGUGGUCUUCCUCUUCCAGAUAAUGAGAUCUAGUGUUAAAUAUGAAUUCAACAUAUUAACAGUAAUUACAAAUAAAGUGUCACAGCCAGCUGUUUUCACCCAGUCAACCACUGAAUCUUCAUCCUACACACACACACACACUCACACACACACACUCUCACACACACACACACACACACACUAACUACAAACACAGGCUGACCCCCUGCAGUGUUCCUGACAGCUAUUGACUUUACUCAAUAGAUGUUUUCCAUUGUACCCCAAGUACACAGGCUAAAUGUCAAGGCAGCAGGACACUGGGCUAUUAUACAGCAUUAUAUGUCUGUGAAUGGGGAUGAGAACCUAAAAUUUGACCUCACAAUUGCUCAGCCAUUGUCCCUGCUCUCAAAGACGAUGAUAAUACACUGAGUGUCCCUGCAGCUGCUGGGUCUCCUGCUCCUCUCUCUCACUCUUCUCCGACCACAGCAGCCCUUUUUUCUCCUCUGCGGAGGGUUCAUCUUGGACCAGUUUGCGGUGGGCGUGGCCUCAACGCCGAGCCUCGCUGUUAUUGGACGGCUGAGGUGUCAGUCAGUGCUGCUGCUCACGCCUUUGCUUUUAAAUGAAGUUGCAAUGGAUACAGGCGCGACUCAACCUGUGGAAGCCGCGAUGAACAGCUGAUUCUCCCGCAGUGGAUAAAACCGAUCACGAUGGUCACCGCCGAGUCAUGAUUUGUCAUCCCACGCGCGGCGCUGUGAAAAGUUACUGGAGAAGUAGACAAAGGAGAACAGAGUGGAGAGAGUGAAGGAGCGUUUGAUUCUCUCACGGCUUGGACCUGUUGAUCAUCAGUGUGACAGAGCGACACUGAGCGCUCAGCCUACCUGCCGCUCCCUGCUCCGCGCUCACCGACGCGCAAUUAUGUUAUUGUCAAGUUUUCUGAUCUUCACCCUUCUUCACUUUUUGGCGCCUCUGUUGCUCUGUUACCUGCCUCAAGUCUCCGCACAGAAGCCUGGUUCCCGGUGGCUGAUUGGAGACAGAGACAGUCACUGUGGAGUCAUCUGCUCACGGACGCAGGGGAAGCCGGUGUGCGGCUCAGAUGGGCGGAGCUAUGAGACCGGCUGUGAGCUGCAGAGGGCGCGCUGUAAAGAUAAGACACUCACACUGGCGCACCGCGGCCGAUGUCGAGGUAAAAACUGGGUGAAAAUCGAUCAGCUGCCAGUGGCUCCAGCACCGACCUCAACAUCCGAGGGGAGAGACCUGGAGCUCAAAGAUGCAGGUCAGUCCAAGUGUCGUGUUGAGAGGAACCAGGCUUUAGAACAAGCCAGGAGACCGCAGGAGUCCAUGUUUAUCCCAGAAUGCAACGAGGACGGAACAUUUGCCCAGGUCCAGUGCCAUACUCUGACAGGUUACUGCUGGUGUGUCACCAGCGACGGGAAGCCAGUGAGUGGCUCCUCUGUGCAGAACCGGACCCCGGUGUGCUCAGGAAACUUCCAUGAAUUUAUGGGAACUCAUGCUGCGACAAGUGGAUUGUCAGGGUCAGUAACCGAUAAACCGCCUGGGCCACCGAACUCUGGUAGAAAAGUCUCUUUCCGUUUCUUUCUCACCCUUAACCCAGAUGAUGGCUCCAAGCCCACACCCACCAUGGAGACUCACGUCCCCCCUGAGGGUGACGAGAUAACGGCUCCAACGCUGUGGAUAAAACAGCUGGCCAAGCAGAACAGCUCCACUUCCAAGAAGCAAGAGAAAGUUCCCUCUUGUGACCAGGAGAGACAGAGCGCCCUGGACGAGGAUCGGCAGAACCCUCGUGAGGCCAUUUUCAUCCCCGACUGUGGACCCGGAGGCCUUUACAAACCGGUCCAGUGCCACCAGUCCACAGGCUACUGCUGGUGUGUUCUGGUGGACACGGGGCGGCCCAUUCCUGGAACCUCCACCAGGUACCAGAAGCCGGAGUGCGACAGUGCUGCACGAUCUCGCAUCUCAGACACAGAGGAUCCCUUCCAGGGCAGAGACCUGACAGGCUGCCCGGAGGGGAAAAAAGUGGAAUUCAUUACAAGCUUAUUAGAUGCCCUCACCACAGACAUGGUGCAAGCUAUAAACUCACCAGCCCCCUCUGGUGGUGGGAGGUUUGUCGAGCCUGACCCCAGUCACACUUUAGAGGAGCGGGUGGUGCACUGGUACUUUGCCCAGUUGGAUAACAACGGCAGCCAUGACAUAAACAAGAAGGAACUAAAACCUUUCAAGAAGUACCUGAAGAAGAAAGCCAAACCCAAGAAAUGCUCCCGCAAGUUCAUCGACUACUGUGACCUGAAUAAGGACAGGGCCAUUUCUCUGCAGGAGCUGAAGGGCUGUCUGGGCGUCAGCAAGGAGGGUAGCUCAACAACAAGCGGCAGCCAAGGGACAAGGCAAGGGACAAAUUUGUUCAUAGGUCGUCUGGUGUGAGAAGAGAAGGAUCCAGAAGCUGAGACGAGAGCAGAGGGCGCAGAGGGAAGGCAUCUGUACGCUUGCUGACAGGAAAGAGAAAGAUGGAGCAGAAAAAUUAAGAAGUUCCUGAGUUUAAAAAAAAAAAAAAAAAAAAAAAAAAUGAACAGAAAAACAAGAAAAGAAAAUGAAGCAGCGCCAAAAUAUUUGCACUUUCUCCUCCCUAUGUUUGACAUUUUAUCUGUUUGUACGUGUUGUUUUUCUCCUGAAGCGACUGAAGAGGUCUAGGUAAGAAUGAGAAUAUAUUUGUAAAGAGAAGACCGGCUCACCACUGGAAGAACGAGUAUGUUCAUGUUACCACAUUUCCCCAUGUGAUCCGUCUGCCGCAUUCAGUGGUUAGGAAAUUAAACAUACAUGUCCCCUGUUACAUAUAGUAGCAUGCAGGCAGUGGCAGCCCGCUAAAGAGGAGCUUACAUUGAGUCACAUUCAGUACAAAGAUUGCCUUGAUACACACAAACUAUGGCGAUGCAGACCAGUUCAAACAAGUGUGUCAUGUUGUAUGUGAACAUGCAAUAUUAAGUGAACCGCAUGCAUUAGAAGUAGACUGUGAUCAAAGUCUAAUUUAUCAGUGCAGAAUUAGCUGCAUCAAUCCCCUUUGCACUGUAAAGAACUUUUUAGCAUUAACAAUUCGGCUCAAGAUGUUUGUCAGAUGUUUGUUAAACAAAAUCUGAUGUGUGAUUUUUUUUGUUCACUAAAUACCAGAGAUGAAAAUAAAUUAUAGUUAAAAAAAACAUUUGAAAAGCAAAUUGUAACAGAUGUGAGACUUGUGAGAAUUGGAAAACUUAAAGCAGCUAUUGGUAAUAUCAAAAGGUGAAAGAGUACUUUGACUGUCAUGUCCAAUCUUCCCCUCAUAAUACAGUGUGUACACAAUCCUAGCAGUAUACUUUACACUGCAGCACCCAGCAGAUGAAACAUGUCUAUGUGUUUACAUGCAUGUGGCAGUAUGAACAUAUCAAAAACACAUUAAAGCUUAGGAGAUACACUCCAAAACUAGAGACACACAACCCUGGAAUAUUAUUGCCUUAUAAAACUAUUGUGGCUAACAUGUUAGCAAAAGGUUGCCUUCCAUUCCCAAAUCUAAUAUUCACGUUCCUUUUAGCUCUGCUUUGGUUUCCACCAACUCCUGGGAAACAUAUCUGGCUGAUUAGCUGCUCCACUAUGGUCACUACUGACCAUUUUCUCCGUCUGGUUUUUGGUGCCAAGCUGGAAGCGUGAAGUGGGUUUAUUUAGCAGUUUGCUGACGGCACUGAGACUGAACUACACAGUAAAGUCGCCAUAAAAACAAACAACAGUGAGCCAAAAGAAGUUGAUUGAAGUUCAAACCACAAUGAAGGCCAUUGGUUACCACAGAUCUUACACGGUGUGUCAUGCUGCUGUGUAAUUUUAUGUGAAGUUACAAGUCAUUGUGGCUCAUAUUGUCCCUCUAAUAAGUUAACGUUAAUAAUCAUUUUCUAUAAAACAGUGAAAGACGCUGGUAUUUCCAACACGUUAACGCUGAAUUUUCUGUAUAGUGAUCAAGAGUUCAUCGGUUUCUAUUGGUUACCAUUACUAAUGGCGACAGCUUUCCCAAAACAGAUUAUAGUCCAGAGAAUGAGUUUUAAAUGUUCUUAAUAGGACCAGGAAAAAGAGGUAACUGAUCCCAACCAGUAAGAUGUUUAUGUGGGCGAGUAUCCCAUUAAUAUCAGCUCGUUUCAGCCGUCAUAUUCACGUUUAUCCCUGUUAUUGUAAACAAGAUGUGGCAUUUACAAAUGCCAGGUCCUAAAAUAAAUAUUUGAGUCUGCCCAGUAAUAUCAGAGUACAUUUUGUGUAUGUAAGCACAUUCAUUGUCUGUCCUCCAACAGUUGAUGUCAGCCCUGCUCUGUGAAACAUUUACCACCACACAUACUUGGAGCUUUGCCACCCUAUGGAAGACAGUGCAUUAAGUAAAAUACCCCCCAGGGUGUCCGAUUAAUAGGAAAGUGACUGAGCAAGGAGGAAAAAGUCCAGAGAAAGACCUUGUGAACAAGUUUUAGAAUGUGAAAAAUAAAAGUUUCUUCCUCACAUUUGGGAACAAUUGAGUUUCGAGAAAGGAGAAUUGCGAGUUGCUAUUGUGGUCUGAAUGCUUGUGUAUUUUGUUUUGAGUUGUGUAUUUCUUACCAUAUUCCCAAGAGUCACUGCAGUGGCUCAUGAAUGCGAGACAAAAAAAGGCUCCUAUUGUAAAUAUGUACAAUAACCUUUGUUUGUUUGUUUGUUUUACUAAAUUGCAUUGUGGGGCAUAUGGGAGUUCACUUACUUCACUGUCAUUCUGGCUUAUUGUAAAAAAAAAAAAAAAAAAAAAUUAUAUACCUUUCUGUGUUUACAUCAUGUCAAACGUUAGGCUAUUACAGUAGCUAAUUCACAACAUUGAAAUGCUUAGACCAGACUGUAUGUUAUCAGCUCAGAGCGGUGUUUAUUUUAUCUGUGGCGGGGUUAUUUGACUUUUUCGGCUUGUGUUUUACGAUUCCUGUCAUCGUCACUAUACACGGUCAAGAAUGUAUACAGUAUCUGGUGCUUAAUCCACUACAAUCACAAGUCCAGUCGCGUCUAAUUUGAACUGGACAGUUAUGCCAAGAAUGAGAGAAGAAACCUGUCUUUUUUAGAGGGCUGUGCAGUCUCUCCUGAGCGCCUGUCUCAGUCCAGGUUUGAACACUAGGCUUGUGUGUGUCUGCUGAAGUGCUUCCAGACGCCGUAGACCUGCAGAUUACAUGCAAGAUCUAAAACAACCUAACAGGCUAGUAAUCACUGCUAAUCACGAUGGGGGGACAUAUAGUGAAGGAGGCUUACAGAUGAUCGUCAGCCUGACAGCAGGAAGCCAAGACUGUCUUGCUCCUCACCGGCCACUUUUCCACUGCAAGAUGUUUUGACAACAUUUCUUAUUCAUGGCUGAAGAAAUUAGAUCUGUAGGAAAACAAAACACAGACGUGUUGUCUUUGGGUGAAAUUGGUCAAUGUAAAUUACGUGGCUUGAGGUGCAGCUGUUUGGCUCUGCAACGAGAACUAAAAUGCUUGUCCACUGUAAUAUAGGCCUUAAUUCCUGAGCUUGUGUCACAAUAGACACACACAAGACAGAACAAUGGAGAGGACCGGUCUUGGAGAAGGCCAUUUUUUAACUUCUUGCAAACACAUAUGAAGAGAAGAGCUUGUUAAUCAUAAACUGGAAAGAUGUUCAGAUGGAUUUUUCUGUCACAGAACUACAGAGUUUCUCUUCUCUUCCUAUUUCUAUUAAACCAUCAGAGUCACACUGGUCCAUGUGCUACAGUAAUGCUAGAAAACAACAACAAAGGAAACAAUAAUAUGGAACUGAUCCUGAUGCUGUUUUAUACCACAUCUAUUCAAACUAUGCUCAGUUUGGACUUCUUGUGCAGUGGGAAAGCAUUUAGAGCUGGAACAGAGGACAAGCUGUCUGAGGGGGGAAGAACCAGUUCCACACUGACCCCUAAUGGUGAGGACAGGUCUCUGCAGGCUGCAAGUUCACACACUGAACCCUGUUAGCCAGGUACACACACAUACUACACAGCAUCAGCCAAGCCAUUUGAGUUUCAUGAACUGACAAUAAAUAUUUUUAAAGAAAA